GCUUAUUAUUGUAAUAUAAAUCUUGCCUUAAAUGUCUAUAUUUUUAUUACCUGAUCUGUGAUUUAUCUAUGUAGAGACGCAUUUACCCGAUAACAUGCUGAAAUCAAUAAUUUUCCUCUUGGUUGUAUCAAAUGAACUGUCAAACGCUAAGCAAAUUGAUGUCAUUAAACUUCCAUUUGUGAUCACUUCGAAAGGUGAAAUGAUUCUCUCAGAUGUAACAGAGAAAUUCUCUCUUGAUGACAAAUUGAUGCUUACUCAUAAAGAUCACUUUUGUUUAACAAAACUUGAUUUAUCUAGACCAAAUGCAAAAGAGGAAGCAGAUAAAAAAGGUUUUCGAACAAUGACUGAAGAUUGUAAGGAAUCACCUGUAAAGAAGGGUUAACAAGCACAGAAGGGAUCUAAAAAGAAAAGCAUAAUUGACGUUGGUGGGCAAUAUUGGCCUGUGAUUUCAUCAAUCUAUUUGUGUGUGUGUGUGUAUGGAAUUUCUAAUAAACUAUUUUAUUUGA